AUGGCCGUGGCCAUCAAGCGAGUGCCCCGCGAUCGCAUCUGGGAGUGGGCGCGGCUGGUGAGUGAGCGGGGCCAGCGGCAGCAGGCGGCGGGGCGUGGCGGGCGGGACGAAGGCCAGGCCCGGCAGGGUGGGUGGGUGGCAGGCGGGACGCUGCGAGGGGAGCGAGCGUGGAGGGAGCGGGGGCCGCGCAGCGUCCCGGGCCGGGCAGUGGCGAGCUGCGGCGGCGCCGGGCAGGGGGUGCCGAAGUGGGCGCGGCUGGUGAGUGAGCGGGGCCAGCGGCAGCAGGCGGCGGGGCGUGGCGGGCGGGACGAAGGCCAGGCCCGGCAGGGUGGGUGGGUGGCAGGCGGGACGCUGCGAGGGGAGCGAGCGUGGAGGGAGCGGGGGCCGCGCAGCGUCCCGGGCCGGGCAGUGGCGAGCUGCGGCGGCGCCGGGCAGGGGGUGCCGAAGGCGCGGCGCAGCAUCGGCCCCGCUGACGGCAUCGCGGUCCCCCCAGAGCACGACGGCGCCCUUAUGCCCCUGGAGCUGGUGCUGCACUGGGUGGUGUCGUGCCCUGGCUUGGGCGGCGUCGUGAGGCUCCUGGACUGGUUGGAGCUGCUCGACGGCUUCGCGCUGGUCAUGGAGCGUGCAGAGUGCUGCCGGGACCUGUGGCACUUGCUGGACAGAACGCUGGUCAUGGAGCGUCCGGAGCGCUGCCGGGACGUGUGGCACUUGCUGCAGGCGGGCGGGUCCCUGCCGGAGCCCGUGGCGCGGGGGCUGUUCCGCCAGGUGCUGCAGGCCGUGCGGCACUGCACCAGCCGCGGCGUCCUGCACCGCGACAUCAAGGCCGAGAACGUCCUCGUUGACCUGGCCAGCGGCGAGGCGAAGCUCAUGGGCUUGGGCUGCGGCACCGUCUUCCAGGACACCAUCUACACCUGGAUGGCAGGUGAGCCCAAAUACUACCCGCCGGAGUGGAUCCUCUUCGGCUGCUACCACGGCCAGCCAGCCACCAUCUGGUCCCUGGGCAUCCUGCUCUAUCACCUGGUGUGCGGGGACCUUCCUUUCAUAGCCAGAGAGGACAUCGACAUCGUUCGGGGCCAGCUCUUCUUCCCGCCCCGGGUGUCUCAAGAGUGCCAGCACCUCAUCAGGUGGUGUUUAUGCAUGGACCCCACAGACAGGCCAUGCCUGGAAGACCUUGUAGAGCACUCAUGGCUGCAAAAGCCCCACGUGGCCCAGGAGACAGCAGAGAUCCAUCCUGUGCACAGUAGGAUCCAGGAGCCCAGCAAGUCCCAGCUGCUGGCAUCUUGUGGCCCUUGA